UUAAGCAAAAAAAAUCAAACGCGAAGUGAACACUGUAGAAGAAGACUUCUUCUUACUGAGCAUUUGGAAACAUCUCCGACCGACGACUGAUCGGACGGCCGGCCGGCCAUCAAUCUUGCUCACUUAUAGUCAGUCAUGUUCAAGUCCUUCUGGGGUUCUCAAGAGAAACAGGAUCAACAACAGAUCCCUACAAACUCAUGGUAUCCUCCUCCUUCUGGAAGCUCUACCACUGUACAUAAUAGGUUUUCAGAUCGCCCACAAUCAUUGUCUCCCGUUUCACCUUCUGAGGCUGCUGGAUUUGUUUCUGUAUUAAAAGAUAAAAGUCUGGAUGAAUUAAGGAAGCUUUUGUCUGAUAAAGAUGCAUACUAUCACUUCUUACUUUCACUUGAUCAGGUCAAAACACAAAACAAUGUAAGAGAUGAACUUCGCAAGGAAACCGUGCAGCUGGCUAGGUCAAAUCUGGAGAAAGAACCUCAGAUAAUGGAACUAAGGAAUCAGUGCAGGAUUAUUCGAACAACUGAAUUGGCUGCUUCAUUGGAGAAGCUAAACGAGUUGGAGAGACAAAAAGGCGAUAUACUCAAGUUUUACUCCCCUUCAUCCUUGCUCCAGAGGCUUGAAGAUGCAAUGAAGAAGAAUGAUGAGGAAUCGGAGAGAUUGCACGAGCAGCUGGUGGAAAGAGAGAUCGAGGUUAGUGUUUUUGUUCAGAAAUACAAGAAGAUCAGGAACACAUACCAUAGGCGCGCACUCACACAUCUCGCAGCAAAGACAUCUCUACCUACAUGAGUAAUAGGCCAAGCCAAGCCAAGCCAAGCCGCCUUAAGAUGGUCAAUAUAUAUUGUGUAUAUACGCUAAGUAUUUGUGUCUUUGAUCGUUAUUUAUUGACUUAUGUUAGUUUAAGGCUAGAGUUUUUGUUGUUUUUUCCUUCUAGAAACACAACAUGUCUCAGAAUUCAUACGAUAAUGAUUGUGUGUUUUUCUUUAUUAUUGGUUUAACUUAUUGAGCUUCCAA